AUGAUCGAGUCGCUGGCAUCGCAAUGCCUGCUCUCCCCGCAUGCAAAUGCCCGUCUCCUUGCCGCGGCACUUGUGUACAACCUCGCCGCGUACAGCCAUAACCAACGCAUCCAUGCCCAGACCACCUCUGCUGUUGUAGCCGAGGAGUCUGCCAUGCCCAGCGACGACCUCUCGGCCGCCCUUCUCGAAUCUAUCACGUCGCUGGCGUCCGUGACCAGUUCGACGAACUCCAAGGGCAAUGCCAAUCUCAAGGAAACGUUACACGCUCUGCUCCUGGCCCUCGGUAUGUUACUGUACGCUGCCCCGCCGGAAAACAUGCUCUGGGACCUAUGUCAAGCGAUGGACCUGAGAGAGGUGCUCAAGGAGAUCAAAUCUAAUGGCCGAGAUUUGGGCGACGAGGUGAAGAGCGAGCCGCUGUUGAAAGAAGUUGGGGACGAGCUGUUGGGCAGAGGGGGUUUUUAA